CUGAAAGAGUUUAAAGACAAUUUAGACUCUCAAUCUGCUUAACAGUAAACUUCAGAAGGACUUUGGGCUUUGCCAGCUCCCCUAAGCGUGGUCUUUCACAGUCAUAGAAUGGCUUGGGUUGGAAGGGACCUCGAAGUUGAAGUUCCAAACCCCUGCUGCAGGCAGGGCUGCUGACCACUGGAUCAAGUACUGGAAUAGAAGCAUCACCUGUGUGCUCUUCCAGUGUAUAAGGAUAAAAUCCACUAAAGGGAAAAACUGCACAAGCUGUGGGGUGAUGGGAUGCUCGGGGAUGAAGGUCUGAGAGCUGCCACAGGUAGCUGAGGGGAGAUGGAUUUUGGGCAUGGAGGUGCUUUGAGGUUUGAGCUGCGAGGGUGGGAGCGAGGAGGAGACCCUGAGCUCACUGCUGGGAAGAGCUUGGCCCAUGCAGAGCCUUAUCCUAUGGAGGAGACCUGGGCAUUUCCGCAGCAGGGCUGGGUCAGGACCUCAUGGACAGACUGCAGUAACUGCUGGAAACUCCGGGAAGCAGCUCUGUUAACACAGGAUGGACAGAACAAAACCCUGCAGCCACUAAUCACCCUGAUUUCAGCUGAAUGUGCACAUUCGGGUGGCAGUUGUUUACAGAACUCUUCCCCUGCCCUGUCUGACAGUUCCCAAACGGAGCAGCACAUCCCAUACCCGGAGCUGCUUCUCAGGAGUGUUCCCGUAUGGGAAGCAGCUCCUAAUGGGAGAUGUGGGGAAUCACACAUCCCUUCCCUCAACCCUUUGGCUCCUUCCUCAACCCGAGUACAAUGAUGGGCUAUGAUAAGCCAGAAUGGGCCCAGCUAUUUUCAUAGAGCUGGGUGUGAGGAUAAAGUUGUGAUGCCAGACAUGAGGAGUGGCUCUGUGGCCAUGCAUGCUGUGGGGUAGACAGCCCUAUCAGGAUACCUGCUUUUAUCCCUAAAAAUGCUCUCUUUAGCUGAUGGUUCCAGCCUUUGUGCUCAGCACAGAAAGAGACAGUUUGCCUUGGAGAGAGGGCAGAGUGCUGUGUGAUGUGUAUUUGGUGGGGAGAUGCCCAAGAAAGUAUCCCUGGUAGGAGAUAAAGAGGAGCCUGGCAGAGGAGGCAGCUUAACCUCCUAUUGCUCUCAAUCUCUUGACAGAAGGAUUCAAAUCCCUGUCAUUUAAGGAUAUUCUUGCUUUCUGGAUGAUGUGAUAUCCAGACAGCCUUGCUCACCAAUGCCAGGUGAAGUGCAGAGGGAGCUGGGAUGGAACCAAGUCCUGGCCUGAAUGGGGCUGUCAGGGGGGGUGAGAGGCAAUGGGAGCCCUGCAGGGUCAGGGGAUCCCAUAAGCAAAGGGUCGUGUAACUGGGUGGGCACUGAACACAAAGUCAAAUGUGAAACCCUUUCUGGAAAUACCCCCACUGAUGGGAAGGCUGUGGGGCCCCCGGAUGUUGCUCACAAGGGGUGGAUCUUACAGGGUGUUAAAAAGGGCUGAGAACGGGGCUGGCAACCAGAAGAGGAAAACCCCAAUCAGCAGCACACACUCCAAGCAAGAGGGAAGGAAGGAAAACCACCAUUUGCUGCUGCUUUGCCCUGCAGCCAGCUCCGUGGGUGAUGGAAUUGGCUCCUCUCCUCUUCAUCAGCUUGCUGUGGGGCUGUAGUGGGCGGCCGACCAACAAACUGGUGGUGGUGCCAAAGGAACCAGUGGUGCAGUACGGGGAUGAGGUGCAGCUGAACUGCUCACUGCCCUGCCCAGACGGCACCGUGCAGUGGAAGGGGUUGGACACCAACCUGGGCAGCAUCGACACCUUCCUCACCCACAGCAUCCUGAAGAUCAGCAGCGUUAAAGUGGCCACAGAGGGGAUCAAGAUCUGCCAGGGCACCUGCGGUGACAACAGCUACCAGAACACUGCCAUCCUGAAGGUCUACUCUCUCCCAGAGAUGCUGCAGCUCAAUGUGGACCAAGCACUGAUACCGGGGCAGCCAUCCACCCUGCACUGCUCAGCCUUGCACGUGUAUCCCAUCAUAGGGCUGCAGCUCACCUGGUACCGGGAGGACAAAUUGCUGAUAGAUCAAUUUGAAGAAACAGAGACCGAUGAGGGACUAUUUGAUGUUGUGACCACAGUGCAGUUGUCAGGGGAGGACGUGACAGAAGGGGUUGUGUUCAGGUGUGAGCUGACGUUGAGAAUUGGGUCAAAGACCUUCACCCGUGUAGCAUCCAUUCCUGUGAGCAGUAGGGCUGUUACGGAGCAGUCAACAGCCAUAACCACAUCCACAGAGAGCCCCCACACCACAGCAACCACAAUGGUGACCCACAGCAUCACUGAGCCUGCAGCCACCACAGUUCCAUCCCCAGAACCACACGAGCCCAGCACAGCCCUGAAUGCUGUGUCACAGAGACCUGAGACCCCCACAGAGUGGGCUGCUGCAUCCAAACCCACCCUACCAGAACAUCAUCAGGACCCUGCAGUGGGCACAGCAUCGCUGCAUCUGGACAGCACUGCAGCCCCCAGCACGGACACUGUGAGCCCUGCAGUCACACAGGGUGGGACAACUGUGCAUGGCAGCAGCCCAGGCUCCCACGUAACAACACCCACCUGCAGCUUGCAGAUCUGGUCGCUGCCUCCCAAUGGGACACGAGGCAGAGCUCUGCGCAUUGAGUGCCAGGCACAGUGUACCCAAAAUGCCUCCGUCCGUUGGCUGCACACCCCUGUGGCUCUGUCCCAGUAUCGGGAGGUGGCAGUGGGCAGUGGUUCCACGCUAUGGUUGGACCGGGUUGAGCCCCAUCACCAAGGCCACUAUCAGUGCAUCCUGCUGGGUCGCCAUGCACAGGCAGUCAGCAUGCAGCUGGUGGUUUCUGAUGAUAUAUCCAGCUCCAUCCCUCCCAUAGCCAUGGGCACAACGUUCUCACUCCUGGGACUGAUAGUGACUGGUAUCGUAUCUCGUCGCCUAUGGAAACGAUUUAAAUCACAUUACGAUCUGUCCUAAGAGCGGAUUCCUUCCCAUCAGCUCCUGCCAUCCUCCUUUCUGCCCUUGGCCAUGCAAGAAGCUGAGCACCUAUAAGCCAGGCAGCCCAGCUUCAGCAUAGGACCAGCAGAGCCAGCAGGGUGCGGGCUGCUCCCUGCCAGACCCCAAAAGGAGCAGCUCCAGCCCAGGGGCUGCAAGCAUGGAGCUGGCCGAGCUGCUGCUGCAUUCCUUCACAUCAGGAGGGCACUGAGAGUUCCGUGCGUGUGUGAGCAGGGCUGGCAAAGGGCGGUCUGACCCAUGGCUGAGGCUGCUGCUGCCUGACCAGUGAACGAGGCUGUGAGGGAUGGGCAGGGCUGGCAUGGAUGGGGCUGUGCUGGCCUGGACCUGCAGCCCCCAGUGAAUCCCGCAGCACAGCAGACACUCGGUGCAGCCCUCAGGCUGUAGGUGAUGGGAUGCGUGGUGCUGGGUGGGUGUGCGUAACAGCAGCAUGACUUUCAAUAAAAGUGCUUUAUUUUUAUGUUUGUGCUC